GAGAGGGCGCAAGUAGGUAGAAAUGGAGAUCUUCCCGGAGAGUAGUCUCGAGCUAGCUAAACGUGUGAGGUCAUUAUGACAUGACGGUAGCGAGAGUGGGGGAAAAAAACAAACAAGAUACAACCUGAAAGUCGUGUCGACUGAGUCGUUCGAUACUGAAGUGUGAAGAUUUUAUUCAGUGGGAGCUACCUUGAAAAGAUAGAAAAGCCACCCAUACUGGACAAGAUAAACACAUGUUCAAAGAACGGAAAGCGGAUGCUUAACGAAAAAAAGCUCCUCCUAUUUCUGGUGGUGACUUCACUUCAAUGCAGGUGGUAGAGUGUUUUAACGAGUGAAUUUAGAAGCUUCAGAGAGUUAGCUUUGUCGCGAGAACUUUGGAUAUUAAGGGACGGUUCAUGAGCAAGUAGCUUAACCAAUACGCGUGUUAGCUAGCAAUCUAACUAAAGUUAUUUUAAGGCCACUUGAGUCUCGACGAAUUUGGCACUGAGGUAUUAAUUGUAUAACUAGCUAACGUUAGCAUGCGAGUUCGACCACAUAUCAGCAGGUAGCUAGCAUUAGGAAACCACUAUUUAUUUUUUAUUUUUAACUGAGGAUUUCCCUGCGGUAAAAUUGGAAUAGUUAUAAGUGAACCCGCUCUCUCAAACCAAAUCAGAACAAUGUUAUCGAACGCUCAGAACCAGAACCAACCGGCCUUUCCGAACCAGCAACAACAGCAAGCGCCAAAUCUGAACUCUGCCCCCUUUCCUCCGUUUUUCGUCAAACCCCACAACCCUCUUCAAAUAAAAAAGAAUGCCAUAACUGACGACUACAAAGUUACAAGUCAAGUCCUUGGCAUGGGCAUAAAUGGGAAAGUAUUGGAGAUAUUCCAAAAAGGAAGUGGAGAUAAAUACGCUCUGAAGAUGCUGCAGGAUUGUGCGAAGGCUCGUCGGGAGGUAGAGCUGCACUGGAGGGCGUCGCCCUGCUCUCACAUCGUACGCAUCAUGGACGUCUACGAGAACCUCUACCAGGGCAGAAAAUGCCUGCUCAUCGUCAUGGAGUGCAUGGAUGGCGGUGAGCUGUUUAGCCAUAUUCAAGACAGAGGGAACCAGGCAUUCACAGAAAGAGAGGCCUCUGACAUUAUGAAGAGUAUAGGUGAAGCCAUCCAGUAUCUGCAUGCCAUUGAUAUUGCUCACAGAGACAUCAAGCCAGAGAAUCUGUUGUACACCUCCAAAAGGCCAGACGCCCUCCUCAAACUCACCGAUUUUGGGUUUGCAAAAGAAAUCACCACACUCAACUCCCUGGCAACGCCAUGCUACACCCCCUAUUAUGUUGCUCCUGAGGUUCUUGGUCCAGAGAAGUACGACAAGUCCUGUGAUAUGUGGUCUCUGGGCGUCAUCAUGUAUAUUCUGCUGUGUGGGUAUCCUCCCUUUUACUCCAACCACGGCCUGGCCAUCUCCCCAGGGAUGAAGAGACGUAUCAGGAACGGACAGUACGAGUUCCCAAACCCAGAGUGGUCUGACGUGUCUGAAGAAGCCAAGCAGCUGAUCCGCCACCUGCUGAAGACUGAGCCCACCCAGAGGAUGAGCAUCACAGAGUUCAUGAACCACCCCUGGAUCAAUCAGUCUAUGGAGGUCCCUCAAACCCCUCUCCACACCAGCCGUGUGCUGCAGGAGGAGCAGGACGUCUGGGAGGAGGUCAAGGAGGAAAUGACAAGUGCCUUAGCAACCAUGAGAGUGGACUACGAGCAAAUCAAAAUCAAGACCAUCAAGGACUCGACCAAUCCGCUGCUGAUGAAGAGAAGAAUGAAGGCAACCAAAGCACUCACUGAAACACCGGGCCUGUGAAACAGACACACACACACUCAUGCGGUGAAAGAGAGCUAAUAGGACAAGCAGAGAUUGUUAAGGGGUGAACGUCAGAAUCUCAAUAUUUUUUUUCUCCCCAUUUUAGGUUUUAACUUAAUUUUUAGCAGUUUUAUUCUCAUCGUUUUACCCCCUUUAAUCGUUUUUUUUAACAUUGCCAUUCAAGGUAAAGAACUAUAUUUUUUUUGUCUGCAAAGAGAUCAGAUGUUUAUCACAUGGUAUCUGUGAGGCAGUGGGUUUUGUUGUUGAUCACUAUAUGCGAGCCGACAGCACUGUAACUAAUUCAGUAUCUGACCCAUCUGUGUUCUUCAAUGUUGAUUCCCCUCAGUAUUGGCCACAUGGUUCUCAUGAUGAUACUGUCGUGGGUAAGUAGCUUAGAGACCAUGGAAACAUCCAGUUAUACUGUGGUUACCCCUGCUUUAAGGACAUGGCUAUGUCUAAUAUUUGUUUUCCUGCUAUGCACUGGAAACAUUACCUGUGCACUGAAGGGCCACAUUAGUUAACUCUUCACAAUGGGGGAUGCAAUGUUUUCUGUUUGUUCAAUUGUAUGUAUUUUAGUUUAUUGCUUUAGUUGUCAUUCGUUGUAUAUACUUAUUCACACCAACGGUAUUCAUUUUCUAUUUGUUGUUGGGACUUUUUGUUUGCCAUGAACUCUUUGCUUUGUUUUAGAUUGGACUUUUGAAUUGUAUGACUGAAAUUUAAUGGGUUUUCUUUGUUGGUUGGGUUUGAUUUCUUAGCCAACACACCUGUAGCCAGAACUAUAACUAUAACCACCACCAUUAAAGUGGACUGACUGUUUAGAAAGGAAGACUGUGUGCCUUGAACAUUGGGCCGAAUUCUUACUUGAGACCUGUGCACGUAGCCUAACUUUUCACACACCUCCCAUUGACGUUAUGUGUGAUUGACACAUUCAAGGUCUGUGCACUAGUCUCAAAUUUGGAUUUUUUCCCAAUGUGAUGACAGUGAGGGAAUAUUCAAGCCACCUUGUGGUAGACAGUAGUGCAGGGACAUUGUUAUCCAAUAUCCACCCAAUAGAAUGAGCUCACAAAAGCCCAUAGAUGGUGUAGCCCACGUCACUUCUCCUGAUGGUCACUUCUCCUGAUGAAAGUCACAGAUUAAUGCUGAUUGCGCUCUUUUGAAAAUCUUAUUAGAGAAUUCUUACUACUGAACUCUACAACAUCAGUGUCACUAACUAUUGGUUUCAACACAUCACCAAUAGUGUUGUUCAGGGUUUCUGCUGUGGUAGGUGAUGGGGGAACACUGAGGGUAAGGGCACCAUUGUAAUGCAUGGGGGUAUGGCGGUACACAUAUGAAAUGUAGCACAUCUAGUCUCAAACUGCUGUACUAAUGUCCUGGCUGUCUUUUACUGUGGAUUAAAACUCGUACAAAGUC